GUGGGUGUGGGAUCAUGUUCCUGUGGUCAGACAGUAAUUGGGCUGCUGUCCCACCCUCCUUGAGGCAAAAUUCCACCACCAGCACAACUGUUGACCUGCCCUCACCAACAGCCUCUCCAGGUCCACUAUAUAAGCUUCAUCAAGUGGGAAAGUCUCUGUUGCAGACUGAAAAAGAACCUGGCACCAAGUAUUUCAGAAAAAUAUGGGCAACCAGGUCACUCAGAACAGCGUACUACAGCAGCAGAUGAAACUGGAUAUGCAAUGGGAUAAUAAAGUGAAGCAGUGUCCAUUUUCCAAGCAAGUGAAGAACUAUAAGGAUGAUUCGUGCCAUCAAGAUGUGUUACAUCACAGAGCGGUUAAGAGCCAUAUUUGUUCGUCUAAGAUUUGUGAAGGCUCAAUCAUGACUCCAAAAUCUCUGACACGCUGUCCCAUGACCGCUUUGCACAGCUCUGAUGACAUCCUUGUGCAAGCUGUUGACUUCAUCAAUCAAUACUACAAGUCAGUUAAAAACUCAAAAAUUGAAGAGCACUUGUCUCGUGUGGAGGAAAUUGCAAUGGAAAUAGAUGCUACUGGAUCAUAUCAACUCACCACAAAAGAGCUGGAAUUUGGGGCUAAACAAGCAUGGAGGAAUGCACCAAGAUGCAUUGGCAGAAUUCAGUGGACUAAUUUGCAGUUGUUUGAUGCGCGUGAAUGCCGAACUGCUGAGGAGAUGUUUCAGAAGUUGUGCGAUCAUAUUCAGUUUGCUACCAAUGGAGGCAACCUGAGGUCUGCCAUCACAGUGUUUCCUCAAAGAGCUGAUGGCCAGCAUGAUUUCCGUGUGUGGAAUAGUCAGCUCAUACGAUACGCUGGCUAUAAGAUGACAGACGGCACAAUAAUAGGAGAUCCUGCCAGUGUUGACUUCACUGAGACUUGUAUCCAGCUCGGAUGGACUCCAAAAUAUGGUCUAUUUGACGUGCUUCCACUGGUGUUACAAGCUAAUGGAGAGGACCCCCAACUUUUUGAAAUUCCCAAACAUUUGAUUUUGGAAGUUCCCAUGGAGCACCCACAGUAUGAGUGGUUUAAGGAUUUAAACCUGCGUUGGUAUGCAUUGCCUGCGGUGUCCAACAUGUUGCUGGAGAUUGGUGGUCUUGAAUUCCCAGCAUGUCCUUUUAACGGUUGGUACAUGGGCACUGAGAUUGGAGUGAGGAACUUCUGUGAUACCCAGCGCUACAAUGUUCUUGAGCGGGUUGGCCGUCAGAUGGGAUUGGAGACUCAAAAUCUGUCUUCACUGUGGAAGGACCAGGCUCUGGUGGCCAUUAAUGUAGCAGUCAUGCAUAGUUUUCAGAAAAAUAAAGUGACCAUUACGGACCACCAUUCUGCAUCAGAGUCCUUCAUGCAGCACAUGGAGAUGGAGGUGCGUCUGCGUGGAGGAUGUCCAGCUGACUGGGUUUGGCUGGUGCCACCAAUGUCUGGAUCUCUGACUCCAGUCUUUCACCAGGAAAUGCUGAACUACAUCCUAUCACCUUUUUUCUACUAUCAGCCUGAAGCCUGGUUGACGCAUAAGUGGAGGGACAAGAAGAGAAAAGCGAGGCGCUGUACAGUCAGCUUUAAAGGACUGAUUAGAGUAGUGCUCUUCUCACAAGCACUUAUUAAGUUGGCUAUGGCCAAGAGAGUGCGUUGUACUGUUCUCUAUGCCACAGAAACUGGAAAAUCACAGACUUUCGCUAAGAAACUAAACGGCAUCAUGAACUGUUGCUUCAGCUCCAGGGUUGUUUGCAUGGAGGACUACAGCAUAAGUGAACUUGAGAAGGAAAGCCUCCUAAUUGUUGUUACUAGCACCUUUGGCAAUGGCGACUGUCCAGGAAACGGAGAGAGUUUCAAGAAGCAGCUACUCGGUCUAAAAACCCUCAGAAACAAAGUCAGGUACUGUGUGUUUGGUCUUGGCUCUCGAAUGUAUCCACACUUCUGUGCGUUCGCCCAUGCUCUGGAUGCUACUUUUGCGUCACUGGGAGCCGUCCGUGUGUCCAGUACAGGAGAGGGAGAUGAGCUGAACGGACAGGAGGAAUCAUUCUCAGCCUGGGCUUGCACUGCAUUUAAGGAUGCAUGCAAGGAGUUUAAUGUUCAAGGGCAGCUUCCAGGAACUGAUGGUCUGGUGGAUUCCUGGGAUCCACAGAGGCACCGAGUUCAAAAUGACAGCUGUACACUUGACCGAAUCACUGCUCUGUCGGCUCUUCAUUCUAAAGCUGUGGUUCCCAUGAAACUGAAGAGAAGGCAGAAUCUGCAGAGUGCAACAUCAAGUUGUGCUACAAUUUUGCUGGAGCUGGAGAUGGAAGGAAACGCAGAACCCUUAAACUUCACCCCAGGAGACCAUGUGGGGAUUUUCCCAGGGAACUCACCUGAAUUAGUAGCUGGCAUAUUAAAGCAUCUGCAUAAUGCCAAUCCUAUCAACCAGAGCCUUCGGCUGGAAUUCCUCAGUGCCCACGCUGAUGGUGAAAGGUGGCAGAGAGAUGAACGAAUGCCGCCUUGCUCUCUUGCCCAGGCUCUCACCUACUAUCUGGAUGUCACCAGCCCGCCCUCUCAAAGCCUCCUCCGCAAACUCUCAAAGAUGGCUAGACAGGAGGAUCACAGACAGCGCUUGCUCACUCUGGCAUCAGACUUUCAGGUCUACACAAGAUGGAAGGAUUUCUUCAAGCCGACGUUCCUUGAGGUGCUGGAGGAGUUUCCCUCUCUGGAACUUUCUGCUGCUUUUCUCCUCAGUCAGCUGCCUCUGCUGAAGCACCGACUCUACUCCAUUAGUUCCUCUCCUGACCUCCACCCUCAGGAGCUCCACCUUACUGUGGCUGUAAUCAGCUAUUAUACACAGGAGGGAAAAGGUCCACUUCAUUUUGGUCUGUGCAGUAACUGGCUCAACACCAUCAAAGAAGGAGACACGGUGCCAUGCUUUCUCCAUAGCUCCGACUGGUUCCACCUUCCGUCAGACCCCAGCGCUCCCUGUAUUCUGGUGGGAGUCGGCAGCGGCAUUGCUCCCUUCCGUAGCUUUUGGCAACAGCAAUUCCAUGACAUGAAUAAAACAGGUCUGAAAGGGAAUCCGAUGACACUUGUGUUUGGGUGUCGAAGUUCAGAUACUGAUCAUCUGUACAAAGAAGAGAUUCUGGACAUGAGAGACAAUGGUACUCUAAGCAGCAUUACAACAGCUUACUCUAGGCAGACUGGACAAGCAAAGGUUUAUGUCCAAGGUAUCUUGCAAGAGCAAUUAAAUGACAAGGUCUUUGAGGUUCUGCACCACAACCCAGGACAUGUGUACGUCUGUGGAGGGGUGAACAUGGCCUGCGAUGUGGCUGCCAGUGUCAAGGGAAUCCUUGUCAAUCAGCUGGGCAUCACUGUUGCUCAGGCUGAGGAGUAUCUGUCAAGGCUUAAGAAUGAAAAACGGUACCAUGAGGACAUCUUCGGAUAUUAGUGCUCAAGAAACCUGGAUUAUUUAGAUUUUUUUCAAUACCCAGACACACCAAAAAGAGGAAUGUUUAAUUCUUUGAAAAUGUAACUUUCAUUUUAUGCAUUUUGUUUAUAAAAAAUUAUCAUCGACAUCCUUUAUUAGGAUUAAAUCCUUGAAAGUUUUGAAUGGUUUAUAUAUAUUUGGGUCAGUUGGCAUUUCUAUGUGGAGUUUGCAUGUUCUCCCCAUGUUUGCGUGAGUUUCCUCCGGGUGCUCCGGUUUCCCCACAAGUCCAAAAACAUGUGGUGUAGGUGAAAUGGGUAAGCUGAAUUGUCCGUAGAGCAUGUGUGUGAAUGAGUGUGUAUGGAUGUUUCCCGAUGAUGGGUUGCAGGUGGAAGGGCAUCCGCUGUGUAAAACAUAUUCUGGAUAAGUUGGCGGUUUAUUCCCCUGUGGCGACCCCAGGUUAAUAAAGGGACUUAGCCAAAAAGAAAAUGAAUGAAUGAAUAUUUUUAAUUAUAAAGGUUUAUAUGUAUUUUAUCAUUUUGCAUCAAAUUACAAAAAAACGCUGAUGCAAGGUGUUUCUAAUGCAGCGUCUAUGAGGCAGGACAGUAAAUUUAAUUUUGUUCUCUCUUAUGGCUGCCAUUAUCAGUCUCACACAAUUUUUUUUUCCUUUUUCUGAAAGUCUUGAUAACACCAUCGUUGAGUUUUUCUUUGAUUAUUUUAGCAAAUAAGAUUUAAAUAUAUAUAUAUUUGGUGUACUCUCCCAUUCACUGCUCUCUAAGUUUCCCCAACUAUGACGACUUCUGCUGCUGAGAAACCUGGAAAUGUAAAAAGGGUCUAUAAAGUAAAUCUGAAACGCCACUCGCUCAAUCACUUUCCUUUGGCAAGUGCCUGAUUUAUCACCUCGCCACAGUGGAAUGAACUGCCAAUUACUCUUGUUUCAUGAUAGAGGUAAAGUUGGUUUUAUAUUCACACAUUCAUUCAGUGACACACUCCCUAUAUUGUUUACCAUGGUACUUUGAAUAUUCGGUCUGAAAUCAUAUCUAGAAAUGACAUCAAAACAACAUUAGCAUUAUUUAAUUGACUGUAAACAAUGGUGUGCUUUGAUAGUCAUUGGCUGCUAAUAUGAAUUAGAAAUCUAUUAUAAAUAGAAAUAGCAAACAAUACUUUUCCUAACCUAUAUUAUCAAGGAGAAAGUCUGAAUGUGUGAAUAUAAAACCAACUUUACGUUUAUUGUUCCAUGUGUUGGAUGCUGUUCUUGCCUUAACCCAGCACUGAGAGGACCCUAAAAACAGUGCAAAUAAACACCAGUAACAUAAUAAAACACUGUACUCGAAGCAGAAAUGUCAAUAAAUUCCCAUAAAACCAAUUGAACCAAUUGCCAGUUACUUUAGAAAUGUAGAGAUGUAAAUCACUUUAUUUUGCCCUUGUCUGUUUAACAAUUAAUGCAUCUUGUUUGUGCUUGUCAUUCAAAAUCCUUUUUUCUUAGCAGCA